ACCGGCAGCCAUGAUGAUGGAGUUGAGCCACAGCCUGACAUUGAACGAGGAGGCCCUCAAGCAGAUCCCUGAGGCCAAGCGCCCUGUGUUCGUAUUCGAGUGGCUGCGUUUCCUGGAUAAAGUGCUUGUCGCCGCACAGAAGUCUGACAUCAAGGGCUGCCAAAAGAAGCUUGUAGAGCAGCUGACACAACACAUUCAAGAGUCUCCAGGCCCUCCUACACGCAAGCUGAUUGCCCGUUGCCUUGCCACGCUGUUUAGUGUGGGUGAUACCUUUCUUCUGUUUGACACAGUCAACAAGUGUAAUGAUAUCCUCAAGAACAAGGAUGACUCGCCCAGCUUUCUUCCUACUCGGCUGGCAGCCAUUUGUUGUGUGGGAUGCAUGUAUGAGAAGUUGGGCCGGAUGAUGGGGCGAUCGUAUGAAGAAACUGUUCAGAUCCUCAUCAAAUCCCUGAGAAAUGCAGAAUCACAGACACGUAUUGAAAUAAUGGCCACUUUGGAAAAGGUUUGUUCUGGCAUGGGAAGUGCCAUUUCCAAUGUGCAUAAAGAAAUAUACAAGGCAGCUCGUCAUUGCUUGACAGAUCGUGUAAUGGCUGUGAGGUGUGCUGCUGCUAAGUGUCUGCUAGACAUGUUGAACCACGCACCAUUUCUCUAUACAACAGAGCUAGAAAGUCUGGCAACACUGUGCUUCCGAGCAUUUGAUGGUUCCAAUUAUGAAGUUCGAUGUGCUGUCGCAAAACUAUUGGGGACUUUAAUAGCGACCACGCAGCAGACACAGAAAGGAAAUCCUGCAGCCCAUCAGAAUAAAGGCUUUAAACCCAUUUCCUUAGAAGAGGCCUUGGGAGUGUUGAUGUCUGGCUUUCUAAGAGGAGGUGUUGGGUUCCUUAAGGGGACUGGAGAAAUGAUAAAAGGGAGCUCUGGUGUCAAUAGGGAAGUUCGUGUCGGUGUCACACAUGCUUAUGUGAUUUUUGUGCAAAUCCUUGGAGGUGUGUGGCUAGAGCGGAAUAUCACGACUCUACUUACACACGUCCUGGAUCUUGUAGCAAACCCAAAAGCAGCGUCUUCCCAUGUAGAUGCUGUCUACUCUCGCAAAUGCAUUAACUUCAUUCUCAGGAGUGUUUUGGGUCGCAUGCUGGGAGAGAAGGCCCAAGCCUCUGCAUGCAAGGAGAUAGCCCACAUUGUGAUCAAGCAGAUGAAUUCUAUUGAUUUCAACCCAGAGAAUGCAAAGGAUUGUAACCAGGAGACCCUUUUCAGUCAGCACUUACUGGUCUGUGCUUUGCAAGAGAUGGGAAGCAUCACCCUAGGGCUUGGAACAACAGCCAGCAACCUCCUCACUGACCAGUCACUAAGUCUGAUUGAGGCAGUAAUGGCAGUACUGGUCCAUCCUUGCCAAGCUGCUAGACUAGCAGCUGCCUGGUGCCUUCGCUGCAUCUGCGUGGCUGUCCCAAGCCAGAUAACACCUCUCAUUGACAGGUGUGUAGAAGGCAUAGAAAACAUGCGAACCUCUCCUGAAGCUAUUGUGGGUUACAGUAGUGCACUAGCGGCUGUGUUGGGUGGAGUUCGCUUAUCUCCCCUGGGUGUACCACACACUAAAGGGAAGGUGAUAUUCAACACAGCCGAAGAACUAUUGCGCAGUGCAAGUCAAAACAGCAGAUUGUCUCUAAACAGAACACAAGCUGGGUGGUUGUUGAUUGGUGCUAUUAUGACAUUGGGUGUUCCUGUGGUGCGUGGUCUAUUGCCCCGGAUGUUGUUGCUUUGGAGGAACUCCUUCCCACGUUCAAACAAAGAAUUGGAGUCGGAGAAGGCAAGAGGAGAUGCAUUUACUUGGCAGGUGACUCUGGAAGGGAGAGCUGGAGCUCUGUCUGCAAUGCACAGUUUUGUUCAGAACUGCCCUGAGUUUGUUACUGAUGACAUCAUCAGGAGAUUGCUUACACCAAUUGAAUCUGCUGUAGCAAUGCUAACAAACAUAUCCACAGUCUUGAAAACAUAUGGGCAGCACCUGAAGGCGCCAGCUGCUAUGGUGAGGCUGAGAUUGUAUGAAACAUUGUCACUUCUCCCUCCACAUGCAUUUGAAGGUUCAUACACACAUUUGCUAAGAAUGCUUGUGGCAGAAUUCACUCUGACUGAAAAUCCCGCCAAUACAACAACAUCGCAGCUGCGUACUGUAUGUCAUGCUGAUGACUCAGUUAUUCUGGGAACAUGGCUUCAAGAAACAGAUCAUCGCACCAUAGAGGAUCAGAUGGAGCCUAACCGCAGGGCUGAUGGAGAUCAUCUUCAACCAAACAGUGCUGCUGGUUCUGGAGCUUUGGAACAUGAUUCAUGUUGCCUAUAUCGACCAGUACCUUCUGGUGAGUUGAUCCCUGGUCCUCUGCCCCUGGGAGUAGCUGUGAUUGACAUGUCCGUGUCCUUGUUUGGUCAAAUCUUCCCACGUGUUGCCAACAAGCAUCGUCUGCAGAUGUUGGACCACUUUGCAGAAUGUAUACGCCAUGCCAAGUCUUCACGCCAAGAGGCAAUACAAAUGAAUGUGUUUACUGCCGUUCUUAGUGGUCUCAAGGGACUAACGGAAGCAAAAGCAACAUUUGGCCAAGAAGAUGUGAAAAAGUCAGCUGCAUCUCUUAUUAUUGGUGCACUGACAAGCAGUAAUCCAAUCUUGAGAUGUGCUGCUGGAGAAUCGCUUGGACGCAUGGCACAGGUUGUGGCUGACUCUCGCUUCACUGCAGAACUCGCACAGACAAGUUUUGACCGGCUCAAAUCAGCUCGUGAUGUGGCUUCAAGGACAGGACAUUCACUUGCUCUAGGCUGUCUUCAUCAUUAUGUCGGAGGCAUGGGAUCUAGCCAACACCUCAACACUAGUGUCAGCAUAUUGCUGGCAUUGGCACAGGAUGCAACCUCCCCUGUUGUGCAGGUGUGGUCCCUUCAUGCACUGGCUCUAAUUGCAGACUCUGGUGGACCUAUGUUUCGAGGUUAUGUAGAACCAUCUCUGUCAUUGGCUCUUAAAUUGCUCCUCACUGUACCACAGUCAUAUAUUGAUGUGCACCAGUGUAUUGGAAAAGUUCUGUCAGCUCUCAUCACCACUGUAGGACCUGAGCUUCAAGGCAACACCACAUCAAUCUGCAUGGCUCGGUCAUCUUUCUUGUGUGCAUGUGCUGUUAUGCAGGAUCACCAGGACCCGUUGGUUCAAGCUGAGGCGACAGCUUGUUUGCAGCAACUUCACUUAUUUGCACCCCGCCAUGUCAAUCUUUCCUCUCUUGUACCAACUCUCUGUCGCACUUUAUCUAGUAAUCAUUUGUUGCUACGGAAAGCUGCAAUUUCAUGCUUAAGACAGCUUGCCCAGCGAGAAGCAAAAGAAGUGUGUGAACAUGCCAUGACUCUUGCCAGUGAAAGCAGAGAUACCAACAUUGUAGAAGGUUUAGUAAUCACAGAGAGUGGUCUGCCUGGAGUACUGUUCAGCAUGCUAGACACAGAAACAGAUAGCAGGCUUAUCAAAGACAUUCAUGACACUUUGACAAGCAUGUUACAAAUGAUGGCUGCAGAUAACCUGUCUCAAUGGCUGUCUCUCUGUAAGGACGUCCUCACAGUUGCCACAGAAUCAAGUAGUGGUGGAGAUGAGACGGUAGGAGUUGUUGGUGAUGGAGGGGUGGAGGAAGGAGAAGAUGUGGAGCCUGAUGAUGACCAGGUUGAGUUUCAUGCUGCAGAUGAUCAGUCAACACAUCCUGCAGUACAACCACGCUGGCCCACUAGAGUGUUUGCUGCAGAAUGUGUUCGAAGGAUCAUAGUUGCCUGUGAAGGAAAUAAGUCUGCCCACUUUGAUCUUGCAUUAGCCAAAGAAAUGCAGCUUACCAAAAGUCGAGGAGACUAUCUGGUCUUACAUCUGUCAGAUUUAGUGAGAAUGGCUUUCAUGGCAGCAACCAGUGACUCAGAUCCUCUUCGACUAGAAGGCCUCAAGACACUGCAUGAAGUGAUAGAUAAGUUUGCACGUGUGCCAGAGCCGGAGUUUCCAGGUCAUCUUUUGUUAGAGCAGUUCCAGGCCCAGGUGGGUGCAGCUUUACGGCCAGCAUUCUCACCGGAGACUCCAUCACAUGUGACAGCAGCGGCUUGUCAGGUCUGCAGUGCUUGGAUUGGGAGUGGAGUUGCUCAUGACCUCAAUGACCUUCGCCGUGUUCAUCAGCUGCUUGUUUCAUCUCUGGCAAAGCUUCAUCGGGGUGCAUCCACCAUACAGCUGUAUAAUGAGAGUCUUGCUACUCUUGAACGUCUUGCCAUCCUUAAGGCUUGGGCAGAAGUGUAUAUAGUAGCUAUGAUAGGGAAUGGCUCAGCUCCUGGUUGUUUCAACACAAACUCCAAACCUGCACCUUGUAACAUAUCAGCUGAUAAGGAUGAAGAGGACUUCGGUGAUUUUGAAUUUAGAGGAGAAAGUCUCUUGAACCUGGUGCAACCAGAACUUGUGAGCUUAUCUCAGCACUGGUUGGCAGCGCUCCGGGAUCAUGCACUACUUUCUCUGCCACCAGAGUUUGCUAGUCAGCUGCCUCAUGAUGGAGGAGCAUUCUACACAACAGAUACUAUGGAGUCUUCCAGGCCACAUUAUGCAGCCUCAUGGCCUCCCAUCCUGCAUGCUGCUGCCCUCUGGCUGAAUGCUGGUGGAUUUGACAGUAAACCAACCAGUGCUGCCAAUGUGCCAAACAAUAAUAAUAGCAGUAAAACUGGAGACUCUGUUUCUGACAGAUUCCAUCUCUUGUUUGGAAUAUGUAUGGAAGCACUCUGCACUCCAAGAUCUUCAGAGCCAGUUGAAAGUGUUUUAACAUGUCUACAAGCCUUAUAUACACUGCUAGAUUCUACUUGGCCUAGAGAAAUCCUCAUGGAUGACCGGUCCCUUGGAAUUGAGCUCUGCAAUGUGCUCCACAGGUUGAUAUUAACAAGGGACAGCCCUUCUGUACAACUUAUGGUAAUGGAAGUACUGAAGCAAGUGAUGAAAGCUGCUCAAGAACAUUUUGAUACACAGAAAAAGAAGAAAAUUAAAGAGAUGGUGCCAGCAAAUCAGGAAUCGCGGGCAACACAAGAAGUAGAUUUACUGGGAGAAGGUGGUAGCACUGGUGAAAUAAUACCUGGACAGUCCCUGGUAUUUGCCGUGUUGGAAGUGUGUUUGUGUCUGUUAGUACGCCAGGUGCCUGCAUUAAAUCCUUUGCCAGGACCAACCCCCAUAGUCAGGCAACAUCACACUCUUCACUUCACAGAGGAGUCAGGACAGCUGAUAGCCGCCGCUCUCUCCUGCAUGGAAUGUUUACCCAGACUCUGCUCUCCACAAGGGGCUGUUGCUAUCCUGCCAACUAUUCUGUACCUCACUACUGGAGUCAUCAAGGAGUCUGCUACAAAGAGUAUUCAUGAUCCAACUGUAAUGGCCACUGCUGUACCUGUCACAGCUGCUCUUCACUGUUUGAAAACCUUAGCUACUGACAAGUACUGUAAGGAUGAGAGGUCACGAGAGGACUGGCAUAAACUGUUACAGAGUGCUCUCGCAAAAGUCAUUGAUCUUGCCAAGACAGGUUCAGAUGAAACAAAGCUGGAUGAGUUGACAAUGCUAUUAGGUAUUGCAGUGUUUGUUCUGCAUGCUCCGGCUGAAGUGGUUUGUGCCCCAAACUUGCAAUAUCCUUGCAUCAACCAGUUCAAACAGUGUCUGCAAAGUAACAAUAUCACAGUGAAGCUGAAAUGUGUGCAGACAUUGCGCACAAUUUUUUCACAUCCAGACCGUAGUGUUGCCACACCAUAUAUCCAUGCUUUGGCACCACGCCUUGUAGAGUUCCUGUACUCGGAGACAAGCAGACAGUUGUCAUCGGAUACUGAACUGUCACUUACUCUGGAGAGUAUCCAGACCGUUGAGACACUCAUCACACUUGCUGAACCUAAACACAGAAUCCAGAUGCUAACACUUUUAGUUCCAAUCCUGGUGAACUGCCUUGUAGAAAAUUCUGCUCUGAAAGAGGCUAACAACUUCACCAGAAUUCUUCAUGACCACAGCUUGCAGAAACUUAUGAAAAUUGGGCCCCAGUAUCCUCAGGAGUUCAAGGCACUGAUGUCACAGUCUGGUGAACUGAGAAGCAAAUUAGAAGCGGCUGUGCGGUCCAGUCAGCAGGCUCAACUGAGAGCCAGGGUGGAGUCAAGCACUGCCAAGCCACUGUCAACCCAAACUCCAACAAUUAAACUUAAAACUGACUUCAGUAACUUCACAUCGUAGACAGAUAAAACAUUACCAUAUUGUGAGAAUGCAGAAUAAAGCUACCAGAAGCGGCACAAGCUUUGUUAAUGGGCCAGUUUUGAGAAGUACAACUUCUUUAAUUCUGUCAUAGAUACCAACUGCCAAACUUAAUGUUUUCCCAUUCAUUUCAUUCCUUAUUGAUGUGUGUAAGCUAUUUAGUCAGUAUUUAUUAAUUAUAAGAAAUUAUUUAAUUCAAAAUAUUAAUCUAUUGGGAGCCCUAACUUAUACCUUUUCAGUUACCUCAGUAUUUCUUCUUUUUCUUUCUUUCUUUCUUUCUUUCUUUCUUUCUUUCUUUUCUUAACCUGCAAAUGUAUUUAUUAUUGGAGAUUAAUAAUAUGAUAGAUAGUAUUAAAACAGCACAGCGUUGCUAAACAAACUGAAAUAAAAAAUCCUCUUUAAGUCACAGAGAUGUCAUAAAGAGAAAAUGUGAUGUUGGGAGAGAUGAAUCAGCCACCUGUCUGGCAGAGCAAGGAUAGUACUGCCCUAAUUCAGAAUCCUGAACUUAUACAUGGUAUAGUUGUUUACUUUGGUGCAGGUGGCAGUUAUAUGAUUUAUUUAUAUUUGAGGAGAAUAAUGGUAGAAAAUAAUUUAAUGUGUAGUUGAAAAUGGCACUAUUUUAUUCCAUUUUAACUUUAAGAAUCAUUAGACCUUUAAAUUAGUCUACCAAGAAGGCGUGGAUUUCAUAGUUUUAUCACAUUCCCCUUCUGUAAGUAUUUUAUCCAUGAUAGUCCAGCUGUUAAUGACUGUUUGCCUUUAUUCUUCUCAGUAUUUACAUUCCCAUCCUUUGCACGUCUUUGAAAGUGACAGUAAACUGGAGGUACUUAGUCAAAAACAAUGUAAAUAUUAAGUAAAGGAAAGAAGACAAGUUUGUGUGAAAUCAGAUACUCACAGGUUUCAGUCCUCAUGAUGACCUGCUCUUCCUUAACUAGUCAAAGCCUUCCUCAUUCCCCUGUGUCAUAUUAUUCUUUUGGCAGUUGGCAGUGAUGGAAAUGGAGUUGAAGAACCAUUCAUUCAUUAUGGUAACAUGAUUCUCUAAAGGUUUGUGGCAGUAACUGAUUCAUUAUACCAGUAUACACAGGACACUGUCUGUUGUGUGAGGUAUACUUUAUACACAACAUUUAUUGGAAUUGUUUCGGGUCUCCUCUUCAGUUGAUCGGUUGUCAUUAUUCUGUCAGUUUUAUUUGUACCCAUCACAUGAAAAUGGGAGUAGACUGAGCUCCCAAAAUGUCAUGUUUCUUGGAUACAAUUUAGACAAAGGACAGUGCCCAAAAUAAUAUUGAUAUACGAUUAGUGACUUAUUUCAUUGCAUGUUCUGUGAAGGUUGCACAAAUUUUGCAGAAUUAACCAUUUGCAUUUGGUAUUUGUGUGAGAGAAAGAAAUUGUAAUAUGAUUCCGAAUGGAAAAUAAACAAUAUUUGAUCUUAUGACAGCAUACAGCACAGGGAGAACAGAAUUAUAAUAUUUAGUAGCCAAGAGAUAAUCUGUUCAGCAAUAAAAUAUCGUGUUAAAAUGAUGAAUAAUGAGGUUAUAAGGGUUUGAAGGAUAAUCAGGCUUGAAGCAGUGAAGCUUUCAUGUAAGGACCUUCAGUUGAGUGAACAUAGAUUUUUCUAAGUGUGGAAAGUAAGCUCAAAUUUUAAGAAUGUAUGAAAAACAAAGGCUUAAUAAAAUCUGGAUCUUUAUACAAGCAUGUUUAAAAAUUCUAAUUUGCUAAUUGAUUUGAAUUAACAUUCACUGUAAUAUUAAACUGCUUAAUCCAAAAACAUCCCAAGAUAGAUGAUCAUAAGUUUAUUGGACUUCUGAAUUUAUGUAGUAAAUAAAACCGUUAUUCAUGGAUAUUAAGGGUAUGUUUCCUUACACUUUGCUGUACUUUGUUAGGUACAGCAAACCAUUAAUUAUUGUUCAUAUCAGACAUGGAAUUAGGAUUUCCACAUUCAGAAUAUGAAAUUUCUAGGUGCAUGACAGGGUUGUGAACUAAACAUAUUUCAGGCAGUAAUUCUUUAUUGAUUAAUUAUAUUGUAAAUAUCCACAAGCACAUUGAGAAGAACUGAAACAGAAUAGCAUAAUGAUAUUAAUCUUCUAUUUUAUUUGUGUACAUUUUGACAGUUCAGGAUAAAGGCACUGAAGACAGCAGCAAGUGUCAUUAUUUUAAUCUUCAACAUGACCUAACAUUUUGUAUUGGAGGACUGAAAGUUCUUAUAUUUUUUCAUGCUUACUACAUAAAAUUUGUUCAACACUUUAAGUUUUAAGUUGUAUACAUGUGUACAUUUUGAUAUCAUGACACCUUAAAUUUUUUUUGUGGCACAAAAAGAAAGGGAGUGUGAAUGACAAGAGUUGACUUAAUGUUUUCUUAAGUCACAUCCUGUUUUUGACGGAAUUUGUUCACGUAUACCCAUGACACAAAAUAGUUUGUAAUGAUACUUAUAUUUUGCUGGUAUUCUUUAUUUCUGCUGCGUGUUUCAGUUUUUUUUGCAACCAUCAGCAGGUGGACAGUCAAUAUGUAAAUUACAAGCUAGUUUAUUCUUAGGUUAAUUGAUAUUAUCUAGUGCUGGAUCCAUCACUGAAUUUUUUAUGUAUUUGAUUAUAAAAUAAAAUAGAAACAGAAAAUAGUUUAACAAUUCAAGUAAAUGUAGGGAAUUAGAGGAAUAAUAUUAUUAAAUAUCUGUCUUAUUCUAUGCAUAAAAUGUUUAGUAGUUAAAAUUUUUCACAUUAUUAGAUGUUUCAGAACAGAAGACUGAUGAAGAUUUAAAAAUUCACGGCACUGUGGUGAUAUUGUCACAUGUUGGGUGUAUAACGCGACAAAUAACUUCACGCCGUAUUGAAUAUAGCGAAUUUUAUUUCAC